AAAGUCACCUGAUUUAUUCGAUUAUUAAGUUAAUGUUCGAACAAUAAACAUUACCUUAAUUGUUGCAUCAAUUUAUGCAAGGUGCAUUGCGCAUGCGCUUUUCUUUGAAAUAAGGGCGCGAGAUUAGCAGAAAAUACUUGGUAGAAAACACAUGUGAUGCAACAUAAUGAAAUUAUAAAAUUAUACUAUUUGUAAAUAUUUAAUACAUAAAGUAAUUCUAUUCGAAAGUAGUAAAGUUGUUUCUGUAUAAUUUUUUUUAUGAGUACUUGACAAUAAACAAUUUUAACAAAUGCUAUAUGUUUAUAACCUCUAUCAAGAUCAUAUUUUAAUGCAAAAUAGGAAUUCUUAACUUGUAAAGAAAAAUGGAAGUUACCGUAGGAGAUAUAGUGAUGCCUGGUGAUGCUGUAAAAGAUAUUGCAACUAUUAACAAAAAGGAAACAAUUGUCUUAGGACCCGGUCUUCGUCGCGAAGCCGAUACAGUGUUUGCAUAUAAAGCAGGGAUACUGAGGAAAACGCAACCAGCUGUAUAUUAUGUAGAUAGUUAUCAGAAACGUUACAUACCAAAUCGUGGAGAGAAUGUAAUUGGGAUAGUAACACAGAAGGGAGGUGAUAUAUUUAAAGUAGACAUAGGAGCCAGCGAUCAAGCAUCACUCUCGUAUCUUGCAUUUGAAGGAGCUACUAAGAAGAACCGUCCUGAUAUUCAAGUUGGAGACAUUGUGUUUGCAAAACUUUUGGUUGCUAGUAAAGAUAUGGAACCAGAGCUUGUAUGCGUAGACUCUCAUGGCAAAGAAAAGGACUUGGGUGUUUUGAGUAAUGAGGGCAUGCUCUUUACAUGUUCCUUGAGUCUCAUUCGAAAGAUAUUGAAUCAUAAAUCUCCAUUGUUCAAGACACUUGCACAAAGUCAAGCAUUUGAAGUAGCAGCUGGUAUGAAUGGAAGGGUUUGGGUGAAAGCAAGGACUGUUCAUGAAACAAUAGCAGUGGCAAAUGCUAUUUUAGCAGCAGAAUAUGCUGCACCCAAUGAUAUAAGAAAAUUAUGUUCAGAGAUUGAGAAAACACUUCUUUUAACACAAUCAAACAACACUGAUUAAUUACAAUAAAAGACAGUCAUCUUUUAUGAAUGAUUAUUUAUUGUAUCAAUAUUUUUAAUGAGUUUUAUAAAUAAAUCUGUAUGAUUUCUUAUGUGAAAUAUGAUGAUUAUAGUGACAACCAUUGUGACAACCAUUGUGAUAAAAAUGUAGAAUUAGAACUACACAUAGUACACACAUUUUUAAGUAUGCUGGUCAUGUAUACUGAUACACUAAUACAAUAAAAAUGUGAAUAAUACUACAGUUAAUGAAUGAUGUGAAAAAAUGUACUUAAAUAUUUAUGUUUUUCCGAUUGCAAUUUAAUAAUGAACAUUAUUUAAUAUCAAAAGUAUUUUUAUGAAGUUAAUAUUAUAAAGUACGUUUCUUUCAAACAAAUCAGAACUCUAUAAGAAAAAUCGAAUAGGGUGUACUAGUUACUACAAUGUACCUUUAAUGAUUGUAAUUAGUAUUUAAGUGUUAGAGAUGAAUAAAUUGAUCUGCUAUA